AUGUCAAAGAUUGUGUUAAAAAUCAACGAUGUUCAGUAUGAAGUGGAUGGAAGUUACGGACCGGAUGUAACCUUGAAUGAGUUCAUCCGAAAUGUCGCAGAUCUUCGAGGUACUAAAGUGAUGUGCCAAGAGGGGGGCUGUGGUGCUUGCAUAGUAGCUGUACGCGCCUCGCUGCCACCGACGAACGAAGUUAAAUUAUUUUCUGUUAACUCUUGUCUUGUGUCGGUUUUAUCGUGUCAAGGGUGGGAAAUAUUAACAGUUGAAGGGAUAGGGAAUAGAACCAUUGGUUAUCAUGAGAUUCAGACAAGACUAGCCAAAUUUAACGGCACUCAAUGCGGAUACUGCACACCGGGGUGGAUAAUGAACAUGUACAGUCUAUACACGUCAAAGAACAAGGAACUAAGUUCUGAAGAAGUCGAAAAUUCUUUUGCAAGUAAUAUAUGCAGAUGUACCGGAUACCGAGCAAUAGCAGAUGCUUUUAAGAGUUUUGCUACUAAUGCUGAUAAACGCAUAUUAGCGAAAUUACAAGACAUAGAAGAUUUAGGAGUAUUCAAACCAUGCAAAAAGAACUGCACACCAGAGAGUGAUUGGUGUGUAAUAGAAAAUUGUAAUAAUAAAGCCGUAACUAUCAGUGGAAAUAGCCAUAAUUGGUUUAAAGUUUAUAAUUUACAAGAUGUAUUUAAGGCGAUAGGGCAAUCUGAAGAUUACAAAUUACUUGCUGGAAAUACUGGACAAGGUGUAUAUCAUGUAACAGAGUACCCAAAGAACGUUAUAGAUAUUUUUCAUGUGGCUGAAUUAAAGGGAUAUUCGAUAGAUGUAAACUUAAUAUUAGGCGCCGGUAUGCCUCUUACGGAUAUGAUGGAUGUUUUUAAGUCAUUGUCAAUUGAAAACGAAGAUUUCUCAUAUUUAAAAGAGUUUUACGAUCAUAUGGACUUGGUUGCGCAUAUACCAGUAAGGAAUAUUGGAACUAUUGGUGGGAACUUAUAUAUGAAGUUUCUUAAUAAUGAAUUUCCCUCCGAUCUAUUUUUACUUUUCGAAAUUGUUGGGGCCAUGAUAACUAUCGCGUCUUCUCCCGAUGAGCUGAAUACUAUAACAUUGGUGGACUUCCUUAAAUUUGAUAUGACGGGCAAAAUAAUCGUAAAUGUGAUGUUACCGCCACUAUCAGCAUUGUGUCACGUAAAAACGUUUAAGAUAAUGCCACGAUCCCAAAAUGCUCAUGCCAUAAUUAAUGCGGGUUUUCUUUUUAAAUUCAAAAACGAUGACAAUACCAUAGAGAAAGCGACGAUAGUUUACGGAAACGUCAAUCCAGAAUUCAUUCACGCUUCAAGCACUGAAGAAUUAUUAAUUGAUAAAGAUCCUUAUGCUGAAGAUGUAUUAGAAUCAGCGCUUAAGAGUUUGCAUGCGGAAAUUAAUCCUGAUACAAUACCACCAGAGCCAUCAGCUGAAUAUAGAAAAAUGUUAGCUGUGUCUCUUUAUUACAAGGCAAUACUCAGCUUAUGUCCAGAAGGAAAAUUAGAUGAAAAAUAUCGUUCUGGUGGGAACGCUAUCAAACGGCAUUCUUCAAAGGGAACACAAACAUAUGACACAGAUGAAAGUGUUUGGCCGCUGAACAAACCCGUGCCGAAAUUGGAGGCACUGGUGCAAUGUAGUGGAGAGGGUACCUUUGCGAAUGACUUACCGACACAGACAAACGAACUAUUUGGUGCCUUUGUCACCGCUGAUGUUAAUCCUGGCAGUAUUAUUGCUGGAUUCGAUACAUCAGAGGCUUUUAAAAUUCCAGGCGUCAUAGCAUUUUACAGUGCUAAAGAUAUCCCUGGGAAAAAUAACUUCACCCCUUUAAACGACUUUUUAAAUUUCGAGGAAGAAAUCUUGUGUUCAAAAGAAGUAAAGUUUAACGGUCAAGCUGCAGGGAUUAUUGUAGCAAAUAGAGAAAAAGUCGCAACAAAUGCUGCUAAGCUCGUUAAAAUUAAUUACGAAUCAGUUUCUGAAAAGACACCACUUUUAUCCAUUCAAGAUGUUUUAGCAUCGACUGAAGAAGAAAGAAUAUCGACAGACAAGAUAGUAGAAGCGACUGAUACCGGCAAUGAUGUUAAAAAAAUUAUAAGUGAUGAAAUUGUUUUUGAAACACAAUACCAUUACUAUUUAGAGCCACAGACGUGUGUAGUAAAACCAUCAGAAGAUGGAUUUGAAGUUUAUUCAUCAACUCAAUAUCUUGAUUUGACAAAUGUUGCUGUAGCUCAAUGUUUGAAUGUUCCCGUAAAUAGCGUCAACAUAAUCGUUCGUAGAAUAGGCGGGGCUUAUGGUGGUAAAAUUACAAGAGCUUCCCAAAUAGCUUGUGCAGCGGCUAUAGUAUCACAAUUGCAAGGAAAACCUUGUCGAUUUAUCUUACCUCUUCAAACUAAUAUGAAAAUGAUUGGAAAACGAGCACCAACAUACUGUAAAUUUGAGGCUGGUGUAAAUGAAACUGGUGAAAUACAGUACCUAAAAGUAAUGUAUUAUCAAGACAGUGGUUGCUCUAAAAAUGAAACGAUGUCUACGACAACAAUUCUUCAUUUAAUCAAUUGCUAUGAUUCAAAGCGAUGGCACAUAGAAGCUAAUAGCGUAAUUACUGAUACUCCUUCUACAACGUGGUGUAGAGCACCAGCUUCAACCGAAGGCGUUGCAAUUAUUGAAUAUAUAAUGGAAAAAAUAUCCCAAGAGCUGGGUGAAGAUCCUCUAAAAGUUCGUCAAUUAAAUAUGAAAAAGGAAGAUAAUCCCAUCCCAGAACUAAUUGAACAACUUAAAAAAGAUUCAGACUUUGAGACAAGACAGAGUGAAGUAGAAGAUUUUAAUAAAAAUAAUCGUUGGAGAAAACGAGCUCUUAAAUUAAUGCCAAUGACUUACGAACUAUUUCACUUAGGACCGUAUAAUUCGAUCGUGUCGAUAUAUCAAGGGGAUGGUUCAGUAGUUUUAAUUCACGGUGCUACUGAAAUGGGUCAAGGUGUUAAUACGAAAGUAGCACAAGUAUGCGCAUAUAUUUUGGGAAUACCAUUAGAAAAAGUCAGUGUAAAAUCAACCACUAGUUUUACAUCACCAAACUCAGUGGCGACUGGAGCCAGCGUUGGCAGUGAAUGUGCCUCGUACGCCACUAUGAAAGCUUGCGAGAUAUUAAAUGAGCGAUUGAAACCUAUUAAGGAGAAAAUGCCAAAUGCCACUUGGGAAGAAAUUGUUGUGGAUGCGCACAAUUCUGGUGUAAACUUACAAGCUACGUACAUGUAUUCUACUCUGGAACCCGUAAAACCAUAUGAUAUUUAUGGUAUUGUAGCUUUGGAACUAGAAGUAGACAUUUUAACUGGUAAUCACGAUGUAAUAAGAGUUGAUCUGUUGGAAGACACUGGUCGAAGUUUAAAUCCAGAGAUUGACGUAGCACAGAUCGAAGGAGCCUUCGUUAUGGGCUUAGGAUACUGGACCUCGGAGAAAACUGUAUACGAUAAAAUAACAGGCAAAUUACUAACUGAUCGUACGUGGACAUAUAAGCCUCCUGGUAUAAAGGAUAUACCAGCUGACUACAGAAUUUAUUUUCGAAGGAAUGGCACAAAUGAAAAUGGAGUUUUAAAAUCAAAAGCGACGGGAGAACCGGCCUUAUGCCUCGCGGCGGUUAUCACCCACGCCUUACGAGAAGCGGUCAGAUCAGCUCGUUUAGAUGCAGGAUAUGAGGAUCAAUGGGUCCACAUUGCAAAUCCCUGCACCACUGAGAACAUAUUCAUGGCUGUCGAACAUAAGUUGGAGCACUUGAAAUUGAAAUAAAUCAUCACAUUUUUGGCUUAAAAAAAUAAACAUUGUAGGUACAUAUUCCUAACCCACAUAAACAACAUCGAGUUUUGUUACUAUCUCAACUUUAUUUUUAAUAUAUUACCUGUAGACAUAUGACUAUUUUGAAUGAGAAAGUUGAAGUGGCAGUUCGCUGGUCAGCACAUGUGUCGCAGGACCGAUAGCCCUGGAACAGGUGUGUUCUGGAGACCGCCGUCUCGAGCCGGGACGAGGAAGUGGCGAAUGCUAGCGCGACCCCAUCUCGCCCCACUCAGGCAGACGACUGUUUUUUAUUCAGUGGGAGUCUGACAUAACCAUAUCCUUAAAAUCAUAUCCUUACUACAGGCACACAUUUAUUCAAUCUACUAUGUAAGUUUUUUUCUCAACUCCUAAACAGUUAAUCAGCCUGAAAUUGUAUUAUUAUUGUAAAAAACUGUUUUCUAUUACGUAAAAAUAUUAAAUUUGUUGUGUGUUCAAUGUUCCAUACACAUUUAAUUUGUUAAA